UCACAGAAACAAACCGCCCCCUCCCACCCCGAGCGCCCCCGCUUCAGAUGCAACUCCAAAAUACGUAAAGCCUCCUCCGUGUCGCACGGGGAAUGCAGGGCCGACGGAUAACGACUCGUUCGCGUCGAGUUGCUCGCUAACUUACGCGUCGGACAACUUUUGCGUUCGCUACGUGUUUUUUUUUUUUUUGGACGAGACCGAUUCUCCGACGGGGUUUCAACGUUGCUGUUCCAGUCGCGGCCUCGCAUUUUGGACGACCGCAGCUUCAGGGCUAACUCGCUAACGCAAAGCUACUUGCUAACUUCAGCUAGUUAGCAAUUCAACGUCGCUUGUUUUUGUUUUUCCUCUCUCCCCCAGUCACACGUGCUGUCCUUGUCGCCCCCCCCCCCCGACAUAACUCGUUCGCAGCGAUGAUAUUUUGCGGAGCGCCGUAAGUGACAGUCACCCCCGUGCUAGCUGACUGGCUACCCCCGACACUUCGCCGCGGACGCUCGCCUGAGCUUUGUGGGCUAGCCGGUCGUCCUCGUCUUAUCACAGCGAGCUAACGGCGGCAGCUAGCAAGCGCGAGCUAGUACGAAUAAACAUUGUGCGACACGAAGCAGGAAUAGCCCGACGUCUAAAUGGACCACAUGUCCAUAAUAACCCAGGUCUCCAACCCCAAGGAGGAGGAAAUCAUCUCGUUCAACCAAGAGAAAGCGUCCCAGUCGAAAAGCAGCCUAAAGAAGCAGAGGAGCCGGAGCAUCUUCAGCACCUUCUUCUGCUGCUUCCGCAACUACAAUGUGGAACCACCAGCCACCAACACCAGCUCCCUGCCUCCACCUGUUGAGGAGAACGGAUCCCCGCCCAAAUGUGACCAGGUCGAGGUCAUCCCUGUCCCUAGUCCACCAGCUAAAUACCUCCUACCAGAGAUGAAAAUAUCUGACUAUGGCAAAAAGUGUGUGGUGAUCGACUUGGACGAAACGCUCGUCCACAGUUCAUUCAAGCCCAUCAGCAAUGCUGAUUUUAUUGUUCCAGUGGAGAUCGAUGGUACCGUUCAUCAGGUGUAUGUUCUGAAACGACCCCACGUGGACGAGUUUCUUCAGAAGAUGGGAGAGCUAUUUGAAUGUGUGCUGUUUACAGCCAGUCUUGCCAAGUAUGCAGACCCCGUGGCAGACCUGCUGGACCAGUGGGGUGUGUUCCGAGCACGACUUUUUAGAGAAUCCUGCGUUUUUCACAGAGGGAACUACGUCAAAGACCUCAGCCGGCUGGGGCGGGAGCUCAGCAACGUCAUCAUCGUUGACAAUUCACCUGCCUCGUACAUUUUCCACCCAGAAAACGCUGUCCCGGUCCAGUCCUGGUUCGACGACAUGAAUGACACAGAGCUGCUGGACCUGCUGCCUUUCUUUGAGGGACUCAGCAAAGAAGAAGAGGUGUACGGAGUCCUGCAGAAUCUGAGAGGCAGGUAGCAGGAGACACUGCAGCACCGCCCGUGCUCUCCAUCCUCCUCUCAAUUGAUCUCUGAUCCCCGUUCCACAACAACGUCUCUCAGACUCAGGCAGAUCCUCCCACGCGCGCCCCUCUUGUCUCUGCCCCAAGGGGACGCCUUGGAGUCUCACUGUGGAAACCUUAAUCCUGUCUCUGCUCUCAUCUCCUGGUGACUGGCUGCCUUCUGUGUGCCAUCGAGAGAGAGAGAGAAAAAAAACAACAAACACUCAAUAUCCCAGGAGCACUGUGUCUCACAAAAAACAACACGCACCAGAAAAUCUACAGAGCGUCCUAAGUUGGUAAUAUCGGGGACAAAAUGCUAAGAGAAAUGAACUCUGGUCGUUAUUUUCAAACCAACAAAGUUUUACUAUUCGGCAAAAGUGCUUAUUUUAAAACCAAACAAAAAAACAACAACAUCUUUUUGUCUGAACGUUCUUUUGUGGCACCACAAAAGUCUGAAAAGAUUUUGUCCUCAUAUUGUUGCUAUGCAGGCAGUUUCUGGUGGAAGAAAGGACUGUGACUCUCUUUUCUUACUGAAUGAAGUGCCUUGUGUGAAUGUUGUUUAUAAGGGGAGAUAUUUUGUACAUGGCAUAUUUCUUGAGUACUUCAGUCUUUUCACACACGAUAUGCUUUAAAGUGGACACAGAAGAAUCUUUAUACAAAGGUUUUUUGCUUUAGGUUUUUUCCUCGAUCAUCAAGCGCUGGGUAAAUGUCUCCAUAUUAUCUCUCUCCACCCAGUAUGCUUGUGCCAUUAUAUAGAUGUGGCUUUGUUUCUUUCUGCUUUCAUUAUCUGUAGGAAUAGCUCAUUUGUUUUAGGCAACGGAAUAUGUUUUCAAUUUGCAUUUGAUAGUUUUGAUCUGAACGCUCACAUAAAAUUGUGCCAUCUGUUUAGUUUUUUUCUGUCUCCCACAUUACUUUCCCCCUUAUUUCAUUUUUUUUAUUUGCCAAAUAAGGAAAUUAUUUUUUAACAGGCUUCAUAUCUUUAACAGGGGUUGAACUGUAACAGUUACACCAUUAGUACUAAGUAUAGCAUCAUAGAUUUUUAUUCUUUUGACGGAUAGAUGUCAAGUUCAUUUGUGUUUCUAAUGUUAUGAGGUCCGUGUUUCGUCGUGUCAUGCUUAUCAGAUGGCUAGCUCUUAGCACAUUUAUUUUUGUAUUUAUUUCAUGGGGGGGCACUGUUGAGUGUUGCAGCUCUACCAUUAGGGGAUGAUCUUUCUCCUAAUUUGUUAGCAGUUGCAAAGGCAUCACCCCCCCCCCCCCCCCCCCCCCCCUCCUUUUUUUUUUUUCAACGGUGUGGAAUCUCACAUUAAAUUGGUUGAGUGCCAUGUUCUAAUUUUUUUUUAGGGGAAUAUAGAGAUAGUGUCCGUCUGAGUCUGGACAGUCACUCUCUCCUGAUUUAGAUACACCGGAGGCCUGGCCCCGUCCAGCCCUGGUGUAAAAAGAUGAGAGGAUGUGUGGUGUUUACCUUCCCAGACUUAUUUUUUUUCUCUUCUUUUUUUAAAAUUUUUUUUUACUACUAUUUCACCACAGUGCCUAUCUUUUGAGAGGAGCCGCGCAAACCGAAUGCUGCAACAUCAGCUAGCAUGGCAAUAAACCUUUUUGGGGGGAGAUUUGGGUGGCCAGAGCACUUGAAAACAACUUGAGGCCCCGAGAUAGGUUUGUUAACUGUAAAGCUGUCCAGCUCGUCACAAUGACUUUCUGUGUUCAUGUGAAUGAACCCUCAAACACAAAUCUUUCGCAUUAUUUGAUCCAAAAACUGGACAAAUGCACAAUUUGGUCCUUAAGUCAGUUUUAGUUUUUUUGUUUUUAAAGGUAUAAGUACUGAAACAACUUGGAUGUUGCUUGGUUUAUUUCAGCAACAGCAGCCCAACGACCUUGUGUAGUCAAGUACAUUGGCAGAGUUGACAGCUUUUGUUGUGGAUGAAAGUUACAAAAAAAACAUGGACGCCUUCCAAACCUACAGCUGGGAGCUCAGUCCUGGCCCAUCCACAUGUCGGGGGGCCGGCUCUAAGUGAAUCUACUGGGCCGCUGCAACAAGGACUGCGAAGAACCUCAUCAUGGCAUCGAUGCCUUACUCCCCGAGGAGGCACAAAGCAAUGUUUUUUUUUUCCCCAGUCAUUCUGAGGUUACAUCCACUCAUUUUUAGCAUCGUCUCAUUAGUAUUUUUCUCAUGGAGUGUGGAAAAACAGGCUUGGCAAUAUAUGUGGACCAUAUAUGGUCUGGUGAAUUUAACAUUGUGAAACGAUGAAACGAAGCAAUGAAGCAUGCGACAAGCGCCAUCGAAGGAACCUUGUUCGCUUUAUUGCUUUGCGUUUAUCGGUCACAAUGUAAAAAAAAAAAAAAAAAAAAGAAGACCGACACCACUUCAGAAUUUCCACCAUUUAUUUUUUUUCACAGUUAAAAAGGCUGCUGCUUGUUCAGGCGCAUUACAGCCUUUUUUUUUCUUCUUUGUGUUGGUGACGAGUGCGCUGCUCGGGGUUUCAGUGCAAUGUCCUUUUCUAAGAAGCGUUCGGUUCACUCUUCUCGACCUCUCAACGAUGACCUUUCUCUGAAGAUGUUGUUUGUAUCAUUGUGAUAUUUUUCUACCUACCUUUUGUCAGUAUUUUGGUUUGAAAAAGUUGCAUAUUACCCAUCCCAUCCAGCUUUUUGUUCCUCCUCCGCUCAGAUCGGCAAGACUUCUCAGUCAGGUCUCAUCUUUCCUAUCAGGGGACGUGUGUGUGUGUGUGUGUGUGUGUGUGUGUGUGUGUGUGCGUGUUUGUUUGUUUGUCUGUUCGUCCUUACAGUUUUCCUUUGUGUCACCUCACUAAAAAAUCACAAUUUUUGUAUUGAUUUAACACCAAAGUUCUACAACACUUGAGUUCAAGUCACUGUUUAUUUUAAUUUUUUUUUUAAAAAUCGGGUUCUUCACUUUUUGUUCUUGUCUGGCUUACGUUGAGUGUGUCGUCAUCCUGAGCAUCAUUUUUUUUCUUUCUUCCAUAAUAAAAGGCUUCAUUCAAA